UAGUAUGUGGUCACAUGGCACAGCAGCAGGGGACAAUGUGGAGGGAGAGUGGGACUCAAGUUUCUCAAGGUUAUGUAAGAUUAUGUAUCAGUUAGAAAAGACAAAUCACACCCAAGCAUGUGUGUUCUCCUAUGCCUCAAAGAAAUCCCCCCAAUGAACAGCAUAAAAUGACCAUAAUAAAAGUGUGGAAAGAUUGUAAACUCACCCAGUUGAAUUACAAUACACAGAGAUCCCUAUGUAAACAUUGUAGAAAUAUGAUGGAGACUUGGACAUAAGAGACAAAAGUAUGCUGUUAGUUAAACAGAUCUUAAGCCUUGCACUUUGUAACAAAACAAAAAGUCCUCAGCCAGAUGCACAAGUCGAAAUUUGGCCGAAUUUAGGCCUUGAGUAUGCUGCGGAGUACAGAUAACGAACACACACCCACAAAAGUUCGUCCUUGAGACACACAUCACAGAUAAGUGAGGUAGCAAGACCAACUGUCAGAAGAGACACCCGCAUUCUGGUAUUUCAAUCCCAGCUGCGAAGAUGGGUGUAUGUGUGUCUCUUCCUGAACCCGUGAUGGCUGACCAAGUACCUCAACAGCAGGGGGACCCUCUGCUGAGCAAGUUCUACCAGGGGAGCCUCCCUAAUGGGAAAGAAGCCACCAAAGAUAGCCUGCAUGCCAGAGGCCAGUGGGCUAGUAAGGCUGAGUUCCUCCUGGCUGUGGCGGGGCAGAUCAUCGGCCUGGGCAACGUCUGGAGGUUCCCUUACCUCUGCUACAAGAACGGAGGAGGUGUGUUCUUUGUACCUUACCUGUUGUUCCUGGUGCUGUGCGGCGUUCCCCUGUUCCUCCUGGAGACCUCGCUGGGACAGUACACCAGCCUGGGAGGUGUCAGCGCCUGGAGGUCUAUCUGUCCUUUAUUUGGAGGGCUUGGGUAUGCCAGCCAGGUGAUGAUCCUGCAUGGCUGCGUGUACUACAUCGUCAUCCUGGCCUGGGCUCUCUUCUACCUCUCCUACAGCUUCCAGGCAGAGCUGCCCUGGUCGCACUGUAACAACACGUGGAACACUGAGGCAUGUGUAUUAUUUGACCACCACAACCAGACAGCUAAUAUGAGCAGCCUGCCAGGGAACGCAUCUUCCUCCGUCAUGGAGUUUUGGGAACGAGAGGUGCUCCGCCUCUCCAACAAUUUGGACGAGCUGGGCCCAAUCAACUGGAAGCUGGCUCUGUGUCUGGCCAUCGUCUGGCUCGUUUGCUACUUCUGUGUCUGGAAGGGAGUCAAGUCCACCGGAAAGGUGGUGUACCUGACAGCCACCUUCCCAUAUGUCAUGCUGUUUGUGCUGCUGGUGCGCGGUGCCACCCUGCCUGGAGCGACCCAGGGCAUCAUCUACUACCUCAAACCCAACCACACUCGCCUGGCAGACCCACAGGUAUGGAUGGAUGCAGGUACCCAGAUAUUUUUCUCUUAUGGAAUCUGCUUGGGAAGUCUCACAGCUCUGGGCAGUUACAACAAAUACAACAACGAUUGCUAUAAGGACUCUUUCCUGCUGUGCCUCCUGAACAGCACCACCAGUUUCCUGGCUGGUUUUGCCAUCUUCUCGGUGCUGGGCUUCAUGGCUGAGGAGCAGGGCGUGGACAUAUCCACUGUGGCCCAGUCAGGGCCUGGCCUUGCCUUCAUCGCCUACCCAAGAGCUGUAGCCAUGAUGCCGAUACCCCAGCUCUGGGCUGUCUGCUUCUUCCUCAUGAUCAUCAUGCUGGGGCUGGACACACAGUUUGUGAGUCUGGAGGCCCUGAUGACGUCGGUGACUGACCUCUACCCUCACCUGAUCAGACGAGGUCACAGACGAGAGCUGCUGCUGCUGUUGGUCUGCGUCGUCUGCUUCCUGAUGGGACUGGUCAUGGUCACGCCGGGAGGUCUGUAUGUGUUCCAGAUCUAUGAUCACUUCUCCUGCAGUGGAGCCAGCCUGCUGCUCCUCUCCAUAUUCCAGUCUCUGGCCAUCGGCUGGGUCUACGGAGCCGAGCGCUUCAGUGCCAACAUCAGGGAUAUGACGGGCUACAGUCCCCUGCCUGUCUUCAAGCUGUGCUGGAAAUACUUGACCCCAGCUGUGUGCACUGCCACCUUUGUAUUCUCCCUGGUUCGUUGGUCUCCGCUGAGCCUGGGGAAUGGCCUGGUCGCUCCUGUCUGGGCCACCACGCUGGGCUGGCUCCUUACCUUAUCGUCCGUCUCCCUGCUUCCCAUCUGGGCCAUUUACGCCCUGGUCACCACCCCGGGAACCCUACCGCAGCGUUUCCAGCGUCUGUGCAGCCCUGCCAAAAACUCUUCAGCAGCCCUCAACCACAUCUCCACCAACAACUCAGCGCUGCCCUACAGCCCCGCCCUGCCUCUCACCGAGAAGCCAAAGGAGCCGAUCACUGACAUCAUCCAGGAUCACAUGACCUGAUGAUAGUCUACGAUGAUGUAACAUUUAAUGCUGCUCAGCCAAUCAGAUGUGGUGAAGGGGAGGGUCGAGGUUGGAGGUAAUGCUGCAGAGUCCCAAAUGAGGGCCUGGAAUUCAUUUUUAAUUAUAGACUAAAAAGAUCCUUCACUUGUGGCCUUUUUUACCUGAAUGUGGAGAUGUAACCCCAGCAGCAACGGUAUCCCACACUCCGUUAUUUCAUUUACAUCAGGCCAUUACCGUCAAUUCAUAUCAGGUGAUCAUGUCAUAUUUACGUCCACAUUAUCUUGAAUUAAUGACUAAUGAAAAAGAAAAGAGUAAUAAACUCCACUUAAAUUCUCCACCCAAGGGCCACUUAUUCACUUAUUUUCCAUUAUUCUGAGUACUUCAAGGACGUCUUAAAAAUGUUUGAAAGCUCCAGAACAAGCGCAUAAGUGGACCUUGAGUGGAGAUUGUUUUAGGCAUGAAUAUGUUAAUCACUAAAAAUGUUAAAGUUAAAUGUAUAUAUUUAUCAGUAAAACACUGCCUAUGAUUAAAAUGCUGCAUCUGCCUGCUGGUAAAUUUUACGAGCGCUGCCUGAACGCUAGUUAUUUUCGCUCUCUGUGGAGUUGGAUCGUCCCACUUGAGAAGGAGGUGUAGGCUCAGUCUCCUUCAGAGGGUCCAGUGCUGAAUUGGGACACAGCUUGCUUUACCUUUAAGACCUGCCCCACCCUGUUACUACACAACUUUUGCGCACAACUGUUACUGGCUACCAGAGUUGGUUAUUGUAAAACAGCACACACUCCUUCAACUCAAGAAUUUUAUCUGCUGCGUCUGUUUUAUUCAUCUCUUUGUGGACCAUGUGAUCACAGCCCCUUUAGCUAUCCAAGGCAGCAUCAGUUGUCAUUAUAUAGCCUACAAAUCUACUCUCUAUGAGAGAUCGCUGCUUGUAUUAGCAUGUGUGCUUAGCUUUGAUUCUCUAUUUAAUAUGUCUUUCUUGUUGUGUUUAGGUGCAGGUAUCAUCUGAAAUGACUCUAUGAGUCAGACUUGUUUUAUUUAUUUGUCUUUGCCCUCUGAUCGCUGUGUCAUGGAGUUUGAAUAAUUCAUACAACGCCUUACACUCAGAACUAUGUUAAUCCAAGUUGCAUUAUUCAAAUGCCACUUUUUACUGCCAAUAUAUCAAGUGCUCAACCUUAUGUCAUGGUUAACUCUUUAUCACUGAGAGGCAGUAACUAUUUUCAUCCAUUAGACAUACUGUAUUUGUCUCUGAAAAAAAGGGCAGGAAAGUUGUUUAUACUUAUGAUAAUUGUCUCAAAGGUUUCACAUGCAGUUUCUGCAAAAAUAAAAUACAUUAUAUCUUUGAACUAUAACAAAAAUACCACUUAUCAAGCUGAGAAACAUGCAAUCAACGUAUCUGAAUCAACAUAUAUUAAUACAAUAUUACAAAACUGCUGUUGAUACUGCUGCUGUACAGACAAACAAUGAUUGAUUUUUUUAUUCUGUGCACCAAAUGUUUAUCCUAAAAUGUUAAAGUACAUUUUAUUAAGAAACUAACUUUAUAUUUAAACUGCAAAAUAACUCAUGCCACUCCAGUAUGAUUGUCUUUGGAGGUGACUUUACAGUGUCAUUUACUGUAACAUGCAGGAGAAGUAGAAAUGAAUAACUUACACCUAUGCAGUGUAAAGAUGUUUAUAUUUUUCAAAAGAAGAUACAGUAUGUGAAUGUUCAUAAAAAUGCGUUAAAUUCAUUAUGUUUCUCAUAUGUAUCACUUUCAGUACAGUCACUACAGACUUUUACAAUGUCAGAGAAGGAAGACAUUUUGAAUAAUUUACAUUACUUUCUUUUUUUUUUAUCACUGUGGUGUCUUCGGUGUCUCCAUUAGCUCACUGUACUUGCAAGUCGAGGACAGAAUGUACUCUUCACUGGGAAAACUUAAGGAUGAGGAACAUUUCUUGAGCAAGUGUGUUGUGUUGAAUAUGUUUGAAGAUAAACAAGUUAAAGUUCCUUAUGCAAACUUGAA